GGCGGGGUGCCAGGAAGGAGAGCCGCUCGCGUGCACGUCGGGAUUGGUGAGAUUGCGUCGCGCGCGGAGCACUCUGGGACUUGUAGUUCUCGAGAUGGAGCGAGCUGUGCCGCACGCCGUGCCCCUCGGUCAGAUGGAAGUCUUUCAGACCCUGCAGCGCCUGCACAUGACCAUUUUCUCGCAGAGUGUCUCUCCCUGCGGGAAGUUCCUGGCGGCCGGCAAUAAUUAUGGGCAGAUAGCCGUCUUCAGCUUGUCUGCUGCUUUGAGCUCUGAGGCCAAGGAGGAAAGUAAGAAGCCUGUGGUGACCUUCCAAGCCCAUGAUGGGCCUGUCUACAGCAUGGUCUCCACUGAUCGACAUCUGCUCAGUGCUGGGGAUGGGGAGGUGAAGGCCUGGCUUUGGGCGGAGAUCCUCAAGAAGGGCUGUAAGGAGCUGUGGCGUCGUCAGCCCCCGUACAGGACCAGCCUGGAAGUGCCUGAGAUCAAUGCUUUGCUUCUUGUCCCCAAGGAGAAUUCCCUCAUCCUGGCAGGGGGAGACUGUCAGUUGCAUGCAAUGGACCUUGAGACAGGGGCCUUCACGCGGGCCCUCCGGGGCCACACAGACUACAUCCACUGCCUGGCGCUGCGGGAGCGGAGCCCUGAGGUGCUGUCAGGUGGCGAGGAUGGGGCCGUGCGGCUUUGGGACCUUCGCACGGCCAAGGAGGUCCAGACGCUCGAGGUCUACAAGCACGAGGAGUGCUCGAGGCCCCACAAUGGGCGCUGGAUCGGAUGUUUGGCAACUGACUCAGACUGGAUGGUGAGCUGGGCAGAAUACAGGAUGGGGUGGCAGCUCCAGGCCCUGCCAGUUGAGGGCCUGUGGCUCAUGGUGGCUGGGGACCCCCACCUUUCUGCCCAGGUCUGUGGAGGGGGCCCAGCACUUACUCUCUGGCACCUCCGAUCCUCCACGCCCACCACCAUCUUCCCCAUGCGGGCUCCACAGAAGCACGUCACCUUCUACCAGGACUUGAUUCUGUCAGCUGGCCAGGGCCGCUGUGUCAACCAGUGGCAACUGAGCGGGGAGCUCAAGGCCCAGGUGCCUGGCUCCUCCCCAGGGCUGCUCAGCCUUAGCCUCAACCAGCAGCCAGCAGCCCCUGAGUGCAAGGUCCUGACAGCUGCGGGCAACAGCUGCCGGGUGGAUGUCUUCACCAAUCUGGGCUACCGGGCCUUCUCCCUGUCCUUCUGACCUCUGGCAACACCACCCCCCAUCCCAGGGGUUGGAGUGUUUUUUCUUUUUUUUUUUUUUUUUUAACAAAUAAAAUUUCAAGCUUUC